UGUCCUGCUGACUCAGCUUCUUCCUCCAAUACUCUGCUGCAGGCGGCCAGACUGGAAUCCACAAUAGGAGAAAACUCCACGCCAGGUUCCAAGAAUUCUUUCGCAUAGACUUCUGGGAAAUGUAGUCUGCGGCACUGUGACAUCACGGUGAGCCAUCCAGGAAAUUCCCUUCUGGCCUUCAGUCCACACGUGUGCAGUUUUCCCAAAGUUGGGCGAGAGUCCUUCCUGUUCUACAGUCCUGUUGCGUCUCUGACAUGGAGGAAAUGCUGUCCUUCUGGGAUGUGGCCAUUGAGUUCUCUGCAGAAGAGAGGGAAUGCCUGGAGCCUGCUCAGUGGGAUCUGUACAGGGAUGUGAUGUUGGAGAAUUACAGCAACCUUGUGUUUCUUGGUCUUGCUGUGUCUAAGCCACACCUGGUGACAUUUCUGGAGCAAAGACAAGAACCUUCAGAUGUGAAGAGACAAGCAGCAGGCAACAUGCAACCAGAUAAGGAAAAGGAUUUCCUGGUCUGGCUAACAGGCCAGAGGGAGACAGGAGCAGCAGACAUUGACAAGUCCUAUUCCCCAUGCAUCCUUAUCCUGUGUUGAAACUAGAAUGCCAUUAAUUUC